CCACCCACUAAUAUUAUUAUAUGACUGUUUUGUUUUUAUUUUAUUAUUUUUGUACUUUUUUAGUGUGUGAAACUCCCUUUUUAAAAAAUAAAUCCACCCAUACCUUAUCAUAAACCAUUACUACCUGUACGGCUCACUCUUAAUUAAUCCACUCAAUCAUGGAAUAUUCCGCCGAACAAUUCGACAUUAUAGUCAUCGGCAGCGGAGUCAUGGGAAGCUCUACCGCUUACCAAACUUCAAAGCGAGGCCAAAAAACUCUCCUCUUAGAACAAUACGAUUUCCUCCACCACCUUGGCUCCUCUCACGGUGAGUCACGCACCAUACGCGCUACUUACCCAGACGACUACUACACUGAUCUCGUUCUUGACUCCUACGAGCUCUGGGAACAGGCCCAAUCUGAAAUCGGCUACAAGGUCUAUUACAAGGCCCACCAGUUUGAUAUGGGCCCAUCCGAUUCCGAGAGCCUCAACGCCAUCAUCGCCAUCUGCCGCAAAAAAUCACUCCCUCACCGGGUCUUAAACAGCCAACAAGUUGCUCAACAAUUUUCGGGUCGGAUUCAAAUACCCGAAAAUUGGGUCGGCCUUUACUUGGACAAAGGCGGGGUAAUUAAGCCAUCUAAGGCCGUUUCCAUGUUCCAAACUCUUGCUUUGAAAAACGGUGCCGUAUUGAAAGAUAAUUCCGAAGUUAAAGAAAUCAAGAAGACAGGCGGAGAAAACGACGGCGUUCUGGUCGUUACCGCAAGUGGGGAGAGUUUUCGGGGAAAGAAAUGUGUGGUGACAGUUGGGGCUUGGACGAGGAAGUUAGUUAAAAGGGUUAGCGGAGUUGAAUUACCGAUUCAGCCCUUGGAGACCACCGUGAGUUAUUGGCGAAUCAAAGAGGAACACGUGUCCGAUUACGCCAUUGACAACGGCUUCCCGUCUUUUGCAAGCUACGGUGAUCCGUGCAUUUACGGAACGCCUUCGUUUGAGUACCCGGGUCUGAUCAAGGUUGGGAUCCACGGCGGGUACCCUUGUGACCCGGAUAAAAGGCCGUGGAGACCCGGGUUUUCACUUGGAGCAAUGAAGGAGUGGAUUGAGGAGCGGUUUUCGGGUAGGGUAGAUUCAAGCGAACCGGUUAUGACCCAAUUGUGCAUGUACUCAAUGACCCCAGAUGAGGAUUUUGUGUUGGACUUGUUGGGUGGGGAGUUUGGAAAAGUUGUGGUGGUGGGUGGUGGGUUUUCCGGUCACGGAUUCAAGAUGGCACCGGCGGUGGGUACCUUGUUGGCCGAUCUUGCGUUGACCGGAGAAACCAAAGGACUUGAUCUCGAGUAUUUUAGGAUAGGACGGUUUUCAGAUAAUCCCAAAGGUAAUGUAAAACAUUACUAGGAGGAGUUAGUUAAUCAUCUUCGAUCACAUCUUUGAUUCGACCAUUCUUAUUAUUUUUGUUUUUUUACUUUUACUAUUUUCAUUAUUUUUAAUAUGUAGUAAGGGUGAUGUAGAUUAGUGUUUACUAUUCACGUCAAAAGAAAUAUUAUUAUUAUUA